AUGAUGGAAUUGAUGAUGAGUUUCAGUAAAGGAAAAAGAGUGAUCGAAGAGCCAACUCUGUCAGAAAACCCACCAGCUCAAGACAGUGGAAACCAAAGGGAUGAUCCACCCUAUCCCCCAAGGUUCACUCCACCACAUGCCCAAACCUCUCAAAGGUUCCACCCUCAAGUGAUGCCAUCCGUUUAUUACAAUGCACCACCUUCGAUGGGCCAUCAACCAACUCAUGGGCAAUUUGGGCUAUAUUCUGGGAUAAAUCCUGCUGAACCAAUACACGUCCCAGAUUUAGACGAUCCAAAAGAACAAGAGAAACUAAGAAAGGACUCGUCACAAACAGGAGAAAAUGAAAAAGACCAAAAAAAGUAUGAUUUGUUGGAAGAGAGACUUCGUGCUAUCGAGGGAGUUGAUAGGUUUGGUACCAUGGACGCAACCGAGCUAUGCUUAGUGCUGGAUGUAUUGAUCCCUGCCAAGUUCAAGGUUUCAGAAUUUGAAAAUAUGAUGGAACAAAAUGUCCCAUGGCACAUAUUACCAUGGCAUGAAGUUGUCAGCUCAAAGAAAGGGAAUACGCCCAAGAAAAAAGAAAGGGAUGUACAAGCAGUCGCUCACGAUAACCAACAAGCCCACAACUUUAACCCAUAUUACCCGUACCCCCCAUACCAACCCUUCUAUCCAAACAUAGGCAACAUCACACAAAACCCAUAUGUGUACCAACCUACCCCGCAACCAACAUUUCAGACCAAUGUUCUUCCACAAACUCCACCACCAAGACCGAUAGCUUCAACCAAUAAUCCUGGUCAUGGUCAAAGAGGACCUAAAACUACCCUAGAAAAACCAAAGUUUGAUCCUAUUCCAGUCCCUUACACUACAUUGUUGCCACAACUCAUAGAAAAUCGACUCCUUGCUCGAACCCCUUUAGAACCACUUCGACCACCUUUUCCGAAAUGGUAUGACCCGAAUGCGCAUUGUGAUUACCAUUUUGGAAUUCAAGGGCACUCCAUCGAAAAUUGUACUGCUUUAAAACAUAAAGUCCAAGCGCUCAUUAAGGCAGGACUUUUAAAUUUUCCCAAAAAAGACAGUUCAAGUGUUGAUGGGAAUCCUUUACCUAAUCAUGGAAGACCGACAGUGAACGCCAUACAUGAAGGGAUGAUUCGAAGGGUGAAAAAAAGUAUUGAUGAGAUUCAAACGCCAAUGGAUAAAGUGUUUGAGGCAUUGUCCAAGAUAAAUGCCAUCACUCCAGAACCCAUCAACACAAAAGAAUUGGGGCAUGAUCUCGCUUAUUCUUGCAAAUUUCAUAUAGGGGCAAUUGGGCAUUCCAUUCAAAAUUGUGAUAGCUUUCGUGGUAAGUUGCAAGAAUUGAUGGAUUCAUCGGUAAUUGAGUUUUAUGAAGAAGCUGCAGAGAAUUUGGAGCCCGAUGAACGAUACAUCCCCUACUAUGAUCAGAAGUGGUAUUACCAUCGAAGUCCCCAGCCUGUUCCCUACAAGAGCGAUAAGGCUGUCCCAUGGAAUUAUGAGUGUAAUAUUUUGAGCACAACUUCAUCCGCCCCCCAAGCAUCUUUUGAAGAUCUAACUGGUGUGGGGGGUAUAACGCGAAGUGGGCGAUGUUAUUCCCUUGAGAUAGGGGAAAGAGUUGGAAAAGGGAAACCUGCACAAGGAGAGGGAGACUUGAAAAAAGCAGAUACCUUUUUCAAGGACCAAGUUGACGAAUCUGUAGUUGCUCCGAACAAUGAGGUCAAAAAUCCUGUUACCGAGAAAGAAACGGGUGAAUUUCUCAAGUUUAUCAAACACAGUGAAUAUAGUGUGGUAGAACAAUUAACCAAAAUGCUUGCUCGCAUCUCACUGUUGUCCUUGCUUUUGAAUUCGGAAGCACACAGGAACGCGCUACUUAAAGUCUUGAACCAAGCUUAUGUGUCACAAGAUAUAUCAGUGGAAAAGUUAAACCAAAUUGUGGGGAACAUUACAGUGGGGAACUUCAUUGCCUUUAAUGAUGAAGAAAUCCCAUCAGGUGGUCGGGGAAGUAACAAAGCUCUGCACAUUACCAUCAAAUGCAAGGACCAUACUGUACCUAGGGUCUUGGUCGAUAAUGUUUCAGCAUUAAAUGUCAUGCUUCGCUCUACUUUAACCAAGUUGCCAGUAGAUGUGUCUUAUAUGAGAACCAGUCGCAUGGUUGUCCAAUUUCAAGUCAUGGACAUUGCCCAGUCAUACAAUUGCUUGUUAGGGCGUCCAUGGAUUCAUAUGGCAGGAGCCAUACCAUCUUCCCUUCACCAAAAAGUCAAAUUCAUAGUUGAGGGCCAACUGAUAAGCGUAUCUGUGAAGGAAGACAUAUUGGCUAUUCAACCAUCAUCUGCUCCCUAUGUAGAGGCGAUAGAAGAAGUCCAGAAUGCUCUUUCAGAUCUUUUGAAUUUGUUAAUGCUACUUAUGUGGGGGAAAGAGAAGUGA